AUGCCUCCAAAAAUUACUGCAAUUUGUUCAGGUUGUUUUUAUGCUGACUCAAAUUUAGUUUCGAUAACAUUACCAGAUACCGUCGAGACAAUUGAUGCAUGGUCCGCUGAUGAUGGUUCCGUCUUCCAUGCAGCUUUGAGUGAAAUUAUUAUAAAACGAACAUCAAAUCUAAAGAGAAUACUAGAUGCCGCCUUUGAAAGCUCCAUGAUAACUUAUAUUUUCAUUCCACAAUACUUAACAUCAUUAGACGCUGCUUCAUUCUUAAAUUGCAAACAAUUGUCAAGAAUCGAAAUCGAUGAAAACAAUCCAAUAUAUCAAUCAGAAGGACUGAUAAUUUUCUCAGAUAAUAAAGCAACAAUUUACAGUGUUUCUCCAAAUUUAACAGGUACUUUUGUCAUUCCAUCAACAAUAACCAAGCUUUCAGAUUCAUGCUUUCGUGGAGUGCCAAUAACAAAUAUAAUUCUCCCUUCAACUCCGAUAUCAUUUUCAAGAUUUUGCUUAGGCCAAACAAAUAUAACAAAUUUUACGUUUCCAACAGCUGCAACUGAAGUAGUACAUUCAAUGUUUUACGGAUGUGAAUUAUUAAAGUCAGUUGUUUUAAGUGAUAAUAUUGUUAAAAUAGAUGACUAUGCUUUCUCAAUUUGUUAUAAGUUAGAGAGCAUUAAUUUUACACCAAAAUUGACAACAAUAGGAAAUUAUGUUUUCGAUAGAUGUGUUAGUUUGAAGCAAUUAACAUUUCCUGCAUCUCUAACAACUUUAGGUGAAGCUGUAUUCAAACAAUGUUUUCUUAAAAUAGAUACAUCACAUAACGAUCACUUUCUAUUUGUAGAUGACAUGCUAUUUUCGAAAGGAAAUACAUUACUUACUGACCAUUUUGGCCAAGACUCAGAGGCUUCAUUUAAAAUUCAUUCACAGUGUACGAUCAUUGGAACAGGAACAUUUUCAGGGAAAAAAUUGAAGAAACUAACGUUUGAUGGAAAUUCAUUGACAGAAAUCAAAGGAAAUGCAUUUUCUGGUUCAACUUUAGUUGAGAUUACAAUACCAAGCAGCUUGACAACACUUGGCACAAAUUGUUUUGAAUCUUGUAAUAAAUUAACAACAGUAACAUUCACAGGAAACAAAAUCAGUGUAAUUCCUAAUUAUUGUUUUAAAAAUUGUUUCUUGCUCAGUGAAUUCCAAUUGCCAACAUCAAUAACAUCCAUCGGAGAUUACGCAUUCAUUAGAUGUUUCAGCAUCAGUGAUAUCAGAUUCCAAAACACUGCGCUAAGCAUUCUUGGAUUGUCUAGUUUCGAAAUGAGUGGACUUAGCGCAUUCGACGUUUCCCACACUCUUUCAAAAGUCGGAAUUGGAUGUUUCGAAUCAAGCUCACUCACCCAUGUGGAAAUCUCUGUCGAAAGUAUUCCAGAACUUUGUUUCAACAACUGUACUUUGCUGAAUUAUCUCACAUUGAAUGAUGGUAUUGCUACUAUUGAGAGCAAGUAUUUUAUGGAUUGUAUCAGCCUAACUUCACUCACAAUUCCGAAGACAGUUGAUACAAUUCGUUCUUUUGCUUUCAAAGGCUGCACAUCAUUGUCUAUGAUAACUCUAAGUUCAGGCAGCAAACUACGAGAUGUAUAUGGCGGUGCAUUUUUUGACUGCGACAGUCUUAACACAGUAAAGUCGAAUAGUGAGAACCACACUUACAACAACGGUGCAUUGACUGAUGUCAACGAGACAAUUUUGAUCACAUUCUUUCCAUCAAUUAGAAUAACGACAUUUAUUGUUCCUCCAACAAUGCAGUCCAUUGGAAACUAUGCUUUCAUGGGAAGCAAGUAUCUGACUCGAGUUCUCUUCUACGGAGAUCGGCUCACAGAUAUUGGAUACAUGUCAUUCACAAACUGCACAAGCCUUUCGUUCUUAUAUGUUCCAUCUUCAAAUCUUGCCACCAUUGGGAAGGAUGCAUUUGAUGGCUGUACAAAACUUCGUAAAUGCGGUUCUGUUCAGUGUAUGAAAACUAAACGCAGUAAAUUUUCAGAACGUGGCAUCCCAGAUAUUGCAUUUGCUGAGAUUUGCGCAGAAAGAGAAAUAUCAUGCAAACAGAAUAGCUUUUCAUCAUUACCAGGUUUAUCUAGUUUUGCUGUUUUUAUUUCAAUUGCAAUUUAA